AUGGAGGAGAGAUGGAGGAGGAAUGGAGGAGAGAUGGGGGAGGAAUGGAGGAGAGAUGGGGGAGGAAUGGAGGAGAGAUGGGUGAGGAAUGGAGGAGAGAUGGGGAGGAAUGGAGGAGAGAUGGGUGAGGAACGGGGGGAGAGAUGGGUGAGGAAUGGAGGAGAGAUGGAGGAGGAAUGGAGGAGAGAUGGGGGAGGAAUGGAGGAGAGAUGGGGGAGGAAUGGAGGAGAGAUGGGGGAGGAAUGGAGGAGAGAUGGGGGAGGAAUGGAGGAGAGAUGGGGGAGGAAUGGAGGAGAGAUGGGGGAGGAAUGGAGGAGAGAUGGGGAGGAAUGGAGGAGAGAUGGGGGAGGAAUGGAGGAGAGAUGGGUGAGGAAUGGAGGAGAGAUGGGUGAGGAAUUGGUGAGGAAUGGAGGAGAGAUGGGAGGAAUGGAGGAGAGAUGGGGGAGGAAUGGGGGAGGAAUGGGGGAGAGAUGUGGGCCACAUGUCUGUGAUGGACUCAUGGUAAGGCUUGAAGGUUAAGUGGCCUUCGUAGUUGUAAUAACAUGGUAAACACUGGACCAGCCAGACGGCUGUUUCAAACACACUCUUCAGCAGCACACACACCUAGAAGCCGGUGUUUGGAGGAUAUAUUGGGUGGUGUUAGUCCCUAGACGAAGUUGAGUUCGCCUGGCAUAGAAAAUGUACUCUCUGGUCAGGACACUGUUGUUCAGAGGAGCUAGCCAACAACACAGCUACAGUAACACAAUCACUUCAAACAAGCUGGAAAGACUGCAAACUAGCUGCACUUCGUUUCAUUUUACCUGUUUUCUAUUGAUAGUUGUUUGUAUAUAUCCAUAAAAAUGAUGCCAGCUGAUUCUGUCUCGUCCCGACUCAUUCAUUACUAUGGGACAGCUGGAGAUCGGAUUUGAAUAUUGAAACAAUGUUGCAAAUGUCGGAGAGACAGACAGCAAGGUUUAUACAAAUCUCCACUGUUGAAAACGAAAUGUUAGUCUAAACUAAAUGUCAGAUAACGUCUAGAUGCUUUUUAUAGUGGAGAUCAAGUUUAUAAAUUGCCUGGCUGGGCUGAUGAGACAGUGGAUUGCGCAGUCAGAUGGAACAGAGUAAACAGGCAUUUUAACAUAAUAGAUUUAGCCGGUGGUAACAUGUGGAAUAGACACCAGCUGGAAUGCGGUUUUAACCAAUCAGCAUUCAGGAAUAGACCAACCCGUUGUAUAAAAACACACAAACACCAGUAGGGGUUGUAAUGACAUGGUGAACACUGGACCAGUAGAGGUUGUAAUGACAUGGUGAACACUGGACCAGUAGGGGUUGUAAUGACAUGGUGAACACUGGACCAGUAGGGGUUGUAAUGACAUGGUGAACACUGGACCAGUGGGGGUUGUAAUGACAUGGUGAACACUGGACCAGUAGAGGUUGUAAUGACAUGGUGAACACUGGACCAGUAGGGGUUGUAAUGACAUGGUGAACACUGGACCAGUAGGGGUUGUAAUGACAUGGUGAACACUGGACCAGUAGAGGUUGUAAUGACAUGGUGAACACUGGACCAGUAGGGGUUGUAAUGACAUGGUGAACACUGGACCAGUAGAGGUUGUAAUGACAUGGUGAACACUGGACCAGUAGGGGUUGUAAUGACAUGGUGAACACUGGACCAGUAGAGGUUGUAAUGACAUGGUGAACACUGGACCAGUAGGGGUUGUAAUGACAUGGUGAACACUGGACCAGUAGGGGUUGUAAUGACAUGGUGAACACUGGACCAGUGGGGGUUGUAAUGACAUGGUGAACACUGGACCAGUAGAGGUUGUAAUGACAUGGUGAACACUGGACCAGUAGGGGUUGUAAUGACAUGGUGAACACUGGACCAGUAGGGAUUGUAAUGACAUGGUGAACACUGGACCAGUAGAGGUUGUAAUGACAUGGUGAACACUGGACCAGUAGGGGUUGUAAUGACAUGGUGAACACUGGACCAGUAGAGGUUGUAAUGACAUGGUGAACACUGGACCAGUAGGGGUUGUAAUGACAUGGUGAACACUGGACCAGUAGAGGUUGUAAUGACAUGGUGAACACUGGACCAGUAGGGGUUGUAAUGACAUGGUGAACACUGGACCAGUAGGGGUUGUAAUGACAUGGUGAACACUGGACCAGUAGGGGUUGUAAUGACAUGGUGAACACUGGACCAGUAGGGGCUGUAAUGACAUGGUGAACACUGGACCAGUAGGGGUUGUAAUGACAUGGUGAACACUGGACCAGUAGGGGUUGUAAUGACAUGGUGAACACUGGACCAGUAGGGGCUUGUAAUGACAUGGUGAACACUGGACCAGUAGGGGUUGUAAUGACAUGGUGAACACUGGACCAGUAGGGGUUGUAAUGACAUGGUGAACACUGGACCAGUAGGGGUUUGUAAUGACAUGGUGAACACUGGACCAGUGGGGGUUGUAAUGACAUGGUGAACACUGGACCAGUAGGGGUUGUAAUGACAUGGUGAACACUGGACCAGUGGGGGUUGUAAUGACAUGGUGAACACUGGACCAGUAGGGGUUGUAAUGACAUGGUGAACACUGGACCAGUAGGGGUUGUAAUGACAUGGUGAACACUGGACCAGUAGGGGUUGUAAUGACAUGGUGAACACUGGACCAGUAGGGGUUGUAAUGACAUGGUGAACACUGGACCAGUAGGGGUAGUAAUGACAUGGUGAACACUGGACCAGUAGGGGUUGUAAUGACAUGGUGAACACUGGACCAGUAGGGGUUGUAAUGACAUGGUGAACACUGGACCAGUAGGGGUUGUAAUGACAUGGUGAACACUGGACCAGUAGGGCUUGUAAUGACAUGGUGAACACUGGACCAGUAGAGGUUGUAAUGACAUGGUGAACACUGGACCAGUAGGGCUUGUAAUGACAUGGUGAACACUGGACCAGUAGGGCUUGUAAUGACAUGGUGAACACUGGACCAGUAGGGCUUGUAAUGACAUGGUGAACACUGGACCAGUAGGGCUUGUAAUGACAUGGUGAACACUGGACCAGUAGGGGUUGUAAUGACAUGGUGAACACUGGACCAGUAGGGGUUGUAAUGACAUGGUGAACACUGGACCAGUAGGGGUUGUAAUGACAUGGUGAACACUGGACCAGUAGGGGUUGUAAUGACAUGGUGAACACUGGACCAGUAGGGGUUGUAAUGACAUGGUGAACACUGGAUCAGUAGGGGUUUUAAUGACAUGGUGAACACUGGACCAGUAGAGGUUGUAAUGACAUGGUGAACACUGGACCAGUAGGGGUUGUAAUGACAUGGUGAACACUGGACCAGUAGAGGUUGUAAUGACAUGGUGAACACUGGACCAGUAGGGGUUGUAAUGACAUGGUGAACACUGGACCAGUAGGGGUUGUAAUGACAUGGUGAACACUGGACCAGUAGGGGUUGUAAUGACAUGGUGAACACUGGACCAGUAGGGGUUGUAAUGACAAGGUGAACACUGGACCAGUAGGGGUUGUAAUGACAUGGUGAACACUGGACUAGUAGGGGUUGUAAUGACAUGGUGAACACUGGACCAGUAGGGGUUGUAAUGACAUGGUGAACACUGGACCAGUAGGGGUUGUAAUGACAUGGUGAACACUGGACCAGUAGGGGUUGUAAUGACAUGGUGAACACUGGACCAGUAAGGGUUGUAAUGACAUGGUGAACACUGGACCAGUGGGGGUUGUAAUGACAUGGUGAACACUGGACCAGUGGGGGUUGUAAUGACAUGGUGAACACUGGACCAGUGGGGGUUGUAAUGACAUGGUGAACACUGGACCAGUGGGGGUUGCUAGUCUUAUAAGUAUUGCUGGUGAUGCCCCACUAGCAUGCGUGAAUAAACACACACGCUUUCAUAUAGCUACAUUCCCCAUCUCUGGCUAAUCCAAAGGACAGUGUUUUGGCAGGAAGAAGUAUCUCUAAUGAUCCACUGUAUCCCUGCACACACACACACACACACACACCACAGACCACACACCACAGACCACACACACACACACACACACACACACACACACCACACACCACAGACCACACACCACACACCACAGACCACACACACACACACAACACACACCACAGAUCACACACAACACACACCACACACACCACACACACCACACACACCACACACACACACCACAGACCACACACACCACACACACACACACCACACACACCACACACACACACACACACACCACACACACACACCACACACCACACACACACACCACACACACCACACACACCACACACACAGACACACACAUCCUGAUGUAGUCUUCUGGUCUGAGAACACUGUUGUUCUGUUUGUCUUCAGAAUCACCUGGGAAACGGAAAGACACAGGAAGAAGAAAGAAAGGUGACUUCCUCCUCUGGGCCUCCUGUAAUGUUUCCUCCUCUGGGCCUCCUGUAAUGUUUCCUCCUCUGGGCCUCCUGUAAUGUUUCCUCCUCUGAGCCUCUGUAAUGUUUCCUCCUCCGAGCCUCCUGUAAUGUGUCCUCCUCCGGGCCUCCUGUAAUGUUUCCUCCUCUGAGCCUCUGUAAUGUUUCCUCCUCCGUGCCUCCUGUAAUGUUUCCUCUUCUGAGCCUCUGUUUCCUCCUCUGAGCCUCCUGUAAUGUUUCCUCCUCUGGGCCUCCUGUAAUGUUUCCUCCUCUGAGCCUCUGUUUCCUCCUCUGAGCCUCUGUAAUGUUUCCUCCUCUGAGCCUCUAAUGUUUCCUCCUCUGAGCCUCUGUAAAGGUUCCUCCUCUGAACCUCCUGUAAAGGUUCCUCCUCUGAACCUCCUGUAAUGUUCCUCCUCUGAGCCUCCUGUAAUGUUUCCUCCUCUGAGCCUCCUGUAAUGUUUCCUCCUCUGACCCUCUGUAAUGUUUCCUCCUCUGAGCCUCUGUAAUGUUUCCUCCUCUGUGCCUCCUGUAAUGUUUCCUCCUCUGAGCCUCUGUAAUGUUUCCUCCUCCGUGCCUCCUGUAAUGUUUCCUCCUCUGAGCCUCUGUUUCCUCCUCUGAGCCUCCUGUAAUGUUUCCUCCUCUGGGCCUCCUGUAAUGUUUCCUCCUCUGAGCCUCUGUAAUGUUUCCUCCUCUGGGCCUCCUGUAAUGUUUCCUCCUCUGAGCCUCUGUUUCCUCCUCUGAGCCUCUGUAAUGUUUCCUCCUCUGAGCCUCUGUAAUGUUUCCUCCUCUGAGCCUCUGUAAAGGUUCCUCCUCUGAACCUCCUGUAAUGUUUCCUUCUCUGAGCCUCCUGUAAUGUUUCCUCCUCUGAGCGUCUGUUUCCUCCUCUGAACCUCUGUAAUGUUUCCUCCUCUGAACCUCUGUAAUGUUUCCUCCUCUGAGCCUCUGUUUCCUCCUCUGAGCCUCCUGUAAUGUUUCCUCCUCUGAGCCUCUGUAAUGUUUCCUCCUCUGAUCCUCUGUUUCCUCCUCUGAAUCUCUGUAAUGUUUCCUCCUCUGGGCCUCUGUUUCCUCCUCUGAGCCUCCUGUAAUGUUUCCUCCUCUGAUCCUCUGUAAUGUUUCCUCCUCUGAGCCUCUGUAAUGUUUCCUCCUCUGAGCCUCCUUUAAUGUUUCCUCCUCUGAGCCUCUGUAAUGUUUCCUCCUCUGAUCCUCUGUAAUGUUUCCUCCUCUGGGCCUCCUGUAAUGUUUCCUCCUCUGAGCCUCUGUUUCCUCCUCUGAGCCUCCUGUAAUGUUUCCUCCUCUGAUCCUCUGUUUCCUCCUCUGAAUCUCUGUAAUGUUUCCUCCUCUGAGCCUCUGUUUCCUCCUCUGGGCCUCCUGUAAUGUUUCCUCCUCUGAUCCUCUGUAAUGUUUCCUCCUCUGAGCCUCUGUUUCCUCCUCUGAGCCUCCUGUAAUGUUUCCUCCUCUGAUCCUCUGUAAUGUUUCCUCCUCUGAGCCUCCUUUAAUGUUUCCUCCUCUGAGCCUCUGUAAUGUUUCCUCCUCUGAUCCUCUGGUAAUGUUUCCUCCCUGGGCCUCUGUAAUUGUCCUCCUCUGAGCCUCUGUUUCCUCCUCUGAGCCUCCUGUAAUGUUUCCUCCUCUGAUCCUCUGUAAUGUUUCCUCCUCUGAUCCUCUGUAAUGUUUCCUCCUCUGGGCCUCCUGUAAUGUUUCCUCCUCUGAGCCUCUGUUUCCUCCUCUGAGCCUCCUGUAAUGUUUCUUCCUCUGAUCCUCUGUAAUGUUUCCUCCUCUGAGCCUCUGUUUCCUCCUCUGAGCCUCCUUAUUUUUCCUCCUCUGAGCCUGUAAUGUUUCCUCCUCUGAGCCUCCUGUAAUGUUUCCUCCUCUGACGCCUCCUGUAAUGUUUUCCUCUUGAAGCCUCUGUAAUGUGUUCUCCUCUGAAGCCUCCUGUAGUUUCCUCCUCUGAGCCUCCGUUAAUGUUUCCUCCUCUGGGCCUCCUGUAAUGUUGUCCUCUGAGCCUCUGUGUUUCCUUCCUCUGGCCUCCUGUAUGUUUCCUCUCUUUGGCCUCCUGUAAUGUUUCCUCCUCUGAGCCUCUGUAAUGUUUCCUUCUCUGGCCUCCUGUAAUGUUUCCUCCUCUGAGCCUCUGUUUCCUCCUCUGAGCCUCUGUAAUGUUUCCUCCUCCUCUGAGCCUCUGUAAUGUUUCCUCCUCUGAGCCUCUGUAAGGUUCCUACUCUGAACCUCCUGUAAUGUUUCCUUCUUUGAGCCUCCUGUAAUGUUUCCUCCUCUGAGCCUCCUGUAAUGUUUCCUCCUCUGAGCCUCCUGUAAUGUUUCCUCCUAUGAGCCUCCUGUAAUGUUUCCUCCUCUGACCCUCUGUAAUGUUUCCUCCUCCGAGCCUCUGUAAUGUUUCCUCCUCUGAGACCCCUGUAAUGUUCCUCCUCUGACCUCUGUAAUGUUUCCUUCUCUGAGCCUCCUGUAAUGUUUCCUCCUCUGGCCUCCUUAUGUUUCCUCCUCUGAUCCUCUGUAAUGUUUCCUCCUCUGAGCCUCCUGUAAUGUUUCCUCCUCUGAGCCUCUGUAAUGUUUCCUCCUCUGAACCUCUGUAAUGUUUCCUCCUCUGAACCUCUGUAAUGUUUCCUCCUCUGAGCCUCUGUUUCCUCCUCUGAGCCUCCGUAAUGUUUCCCUCCUCUGAUCCUCUGUAAUGUUUCCUCCUCCGCUGAGCCUCCUGUAAUGUUUCCCUCCUCUGAGCCUCUGUAAUGUUUCCUCCUCUGAGCCUCCUGUAAUGUUUCCUCCAUCCUCUGAGCCUCUGUAAUGUUUCCUCCUCUGAGCCUCUGUUUCCUCCUCUGAUCCUCUGUAAUGUUUCCUCCUCCGAGCCUCCUGUAAUGUUUCCUCUCUGAUCCUCCUGUAAUGUUUCCUCCUCUGAGCCUCCUGUAAUGUUUCCCUCCUCUGAGCCUCUGUAAUGUUUCCCUCCUCUGAGCCUCCUGUAAUGUUUUCCUCCCCCUCUGGGCCCUCCUGUAUGUUUCCUCCUCUGAGCCUCUGUAAUGUUUCCUCCUCUGGGCCUCCUGUAAUGUUUCCUCCUCUGAGCCUCUGUAAUGUUUCCUCCUCCAUGCCUCCUGUAAUGUUUCCUCCUCUUAGCCUCUGUUUCCUCCUCUGAGCCUCUGUAAUGUUUCCUCCUCUGGCCUCCUGUAAUGUUUCCUCUCCCGAGCCUCUGUAAUGUUUCCUCCUCUGGGCCUCCUGUAAUGUUUCCUCCUCUGAGCCUCUGUUUCCUCCUCUGAGCCUCUGUAAUGUUUCCUCCUCUGAGCCUCUGUAAUGUUUCCUCCUCUGAGCCUCUGUAAGGUUCCUCUCUGAACCUCCUGUAAUGUUUCCUCUUGAGCCUCCUGUAAUGUUUCCUCCUCUGAGCCUCUGUAAUGUUUCCUCCUCUGAGCCUCCUGUAAUGUUUCCUCCUCUGGGCCUCCCGUAAUGUUCCUCCUCUGAGCCUCUGUAAUGUUUCCUCCUCUGACCUCUGUAAUGUUUCCUCCUCUGAGCCUCUGUAAUGGGUUUCCUCCUCUGGCCUCCUGUAAUGUUUUCCUCCUCUGAUCCCUCUGUAAUGUUUCCUCCUCUGGGCCUCCUGUAAUGUUUCCUCCUCUGAGCCUCUGUAAUGUUUCACUCCUCUGGGCCUCCUGUAAUGUUUCCUCCUCUGAGCCUCUGUAAUGUUUCCUCCUCUGGCCUCUGUAAUGUUUCCUCCUCUGAGCCUCUGUAAGUUCCUCCUCUGAGCCUCCUGUAAGUUUCCUCCUCUGAGCCUCCUGUAAUGUUCCCCCCUCUCCUCGAGCCUCCUGUAAUGUUUCCUCCUCUGACCUCUGUAAUGUUUCCCCCCUCUGAACCUCCCGUAAUGUUUCCUCCUCUGAGCCUCUGUUUCCUCCUCUGAGCCUCCUGUAAUGUUUCCUCCUCGAGCCUCUGUAAUGUUUCCUCCUCUGAGCCUCCUUAAUGUUUUCCUCCUCUGAGCCUCUGUAAUGUUUCCUCCUCUGAGCCUCCUGUAAUUUUCCCCUCGGGCCUCCUGAUGUUCCUCCUCUGGCCUCAUGUUUCCUCCUCUGAGCCUCCUGUAAGGUGUCCUCCUCGAGCCUCUGUAAUGUUUCCUCCUCUGACCUCUGUAAAGUUUUCCUCCUCUGGCCUCCUGUAAUGUUUCCAUGCCUCUGAGCCUCUGGUUUCCUCCUCUGAGCCUCCUGUAAUGUUUCCUCCUCUGAGUCCUCUGUAAUGUUCCUCCUCUGAGCCUCCGUAUGUUUCCUCCUCUGAGCCUCUGUAAUGUUUCCUCCUCUGGCCUCCUUAAUGUUUCCCCCUGAGCCUCUGUUUUCCUCCUCUGACCUCUGUAAUGUUCCUCCUCUGAUCCUCUGUAAUGUUUCCUCCUCUGAGCCUCUGUUUCCUCCUCCUGAGCCUCCUUAAUGUUUCCUCCUCUGAGCUCUGUAAUGUUUCCUCCUCUGAGCCUCUUUAAAUGUUUCCUCCUCUGGCCUCCUGUAAUGUUUCCUCCUCUGAUCCUCUGUAAGUUUCCUCCUCUGAGCCUCCUUUAAUGUUUCCUCCUCUGAGCCUCUGUAAUGUUUCCUCCUCUGAUCCUCUGUAAUGUUUCCUCCUCUGGGCCUCCUGUAAUGUUUCCUCCUCUGAGCCUCUGUAAUGUUUCCUCCUCUGAGCCUCUGUAAUGUUCCUCCUCUGAGCCUCUGUAAUGUUUCCUCCUCUGAGCCUCCUGUAAUGUUUCCUCCUCUGAGCCUCUGUAAUGUUUCCUCCUCUGAGUCUCUAUUUCCUCCUCUGAGCCUCCUGUAAUGUUUCCUCCUCGAGCCUCUGUAAUGUUUCCCCUCCUCUGAGUCCUCUGUUGUCCUCCUCUGAGCCUCUGUAAUGUUUCCUCCUCUGAGCUCCUGUAAUGUUUCCCUCCUCCUGAGCCUCUGUAAGGUUUCUCCUCUGAUCCUCUGUAAUGUUUCCUCCUCUGGGCCUCCUGUAAUGUUUCCUCCUCUGAGCCUCUGUAGUUUCCUCCUCUGAGCCUCCUGUAAUGUUCUCCUCCUCCUCUGACCUCUGUAAUGUUUCCUCCUCUGAGCCUCUGAGUUUCCUCCUCUGAGCUCCUGUAAUGUUUCCUCCUCUGAGCCUCUGUAAUGUUUCCUCCUCUGAGCCUCCUGUAAUGUUUCCUCCUCCGUGCCUCUGUAAUGGUUUCCUCCUCUGAGCCUCUGUAAUGUUUCCUCCCUCUGAGCCUCCUGUAAUGUUUCCUCCUCUGAGCCUCCUGUAAUGUUCCUCCUCGAGCUCCCGUAAUGUUUCCUCCUGACCUCUGUAAUGUUUCCUCCUCUGAACCUCUGUAAUGUUUCCUCCUCUGAACCUCUGUAAUGUUUCCUCCUCUGAGCCUCCUGUAAUGUUUCCUCCUCCGAGCCUCUGUAAUGUUUCCUCCUCUGAGCCUCUGUAAUGUUUCCUCCUCUGGGCCUCCUGUAAUGUUUCCUCCUCUGAGCCUCUGUAAUGUUGCCUCCUCUGUGAAUCCGAGUAUGUUCCGACUUCUGAAUGAGCCUCCCGUUAUGUUGAAACUCUGCAUUAGUUGAUCUACAGACAUUAGUUAACAGUCAGUUGACUUUGGCCACCAGAUAUCCAGAUAUUCUUUCCUAUAACAAUAUGAAUGAUACUCAUUAUGUGUUUCUGUGUGUCCGUGUCCCAGGUAGGAAGAGGUCUCCUCCAGGAGCUCAGGGCUCCCCUGGUCCCCCUGGAUCUCCAGGCCCACAGGGGCCUCCGGGUAUACCUGGCAUCCCUGGUAUCCCUGGUAGCAACGCUGUGGGCCCCGCUGGACCCCCAGGACCCUCUGGCCCACAGGGGCCCCCCUGGGCUGACGGGACCGGCAGGUGAUGAGAGAACAGACAGACAGCGUAUUGGUUGGUCAUAUUAUGGCUGUGUUUGAAAUGUCCCCCUAUUCACAUGUCCCCCUGAUUCACAGGCAUGGUUUCCCAGAACUCCAGGUGGCCUCCCCGUAACCCAAGUGACGUCCCCUAUUUCACAGGCAGUGUUUCCCCAGUCAGCCCCAGGAACCCCAACAGGACUGUCCCCCUAUUUCACAGGGCAGUGUUUCCCAGCUCCCAGUCCCCCAGGAACCCCAACAGGACUGUCCCCCUAUUUCACAGGGCAGUUGUUGUCCAGCUCCAGUCCCCAGGACCCAACAGGACUGUCCCCCUAUUUCAAGGGCAGUGUUUCCCAGCUCCAGUCCCCCAGGAACCCCAACAGGACUGUCCCCCUAUUUCACAGGGCAGUGUUUCCCAGCUCCAGUCCCCCAGGAACCCCAACAGGACUGUCCCCCUAUUUCACAGGGCAGUGUUUCCCAACUCCAGUCCCCCAGGAACCCCAACAGGACUGUCCCCCUAUUUCACAGGGCAGUGUUUCCCAACUCCAGUCCUCCAGGAACCCCAACAGGACUGUCCCCCUAUUUCACAGGGCAGUGUUUCCCAACUCCAGUCCUCCAGGAACCCCAACAGGACUGUCCCCCUAUUUCACAGGGCAGUGUUUCCCAGCUCCAGUCCCCCAGGAACCCCAACAGGACUGUCCCCCUAUUUCACAGGGCAGUGUUUCCCAACUCCAGUCCCCCAGGAACCCCAACAGGACUGUCCCCCUAUUUCACAGGGCAGUGUUUCCCAGCUCCAGUCCUCCAGUAACCCCAACAGUACACCUUUUUAUUGUAACCCCGGACAAACACACCUGAUUCAAAAUAUCAACUAAUCAUCAGGCCCUCAAUGAGUUGAAUCAGGUGAGGUUGUCCAAGGCUACAACAACAGUGUGUACUGUUGAGGACUGGAGUUGGGCUGUUGAGGACUGGAGGACUGGAGAUGGGCUGUUGGGGGUACUGGAGGACUGGAGAUGGGCUGUUGGGGUACUGGAGGACUGGAGUUGGGCUGUUGAGGACUGGAGGACUGGAGAUGGGCUGUUGAGGACUGGAGGACUGGAGAUGGGCUGUUGGGGACUGGAGGACUGGAGAUGGGCUGUUGAGGACUGGAGGACUGGAGAUGGGCUGUUGGGGACUGGAGAUGGGCUGUUGAGGACUGGAGGACUGGAGAUGGGCUGUUGGGGACUGGAGAUGGGCUGUUGAGGACUGGAGGACUGGAGAUGGGCUGUUGGGGACUGGAGAUGGGCUGUUGAGGACUGGAGGACUGGAGAUGGGCUGUUGGGGACUGGAGAUGGGCUGUUGGGGACUGGAGAUGGGCUGUUGAGGACUGGAGGACUGGAGAUGGGCUGUUGGGGGUACUGGAGGACUGGAGAUGGGCUGUUGGGGUACUGGAGGACUGGAGUUGGGCUGUUGAGGACUGGAGGACUGGAGAUGGGCUGUUGGGGGUACUGGAGGACUGGAGAUGGGCUGUUGGGGUACUGGAGGACUGGAGUUGGGCUGUUGAGGACUGGAGGACUGGAGAUGGGCUGUUGGGGUACUGGAGGACUGGAGUUGGGCUGUUGAGGACUGGAGGACUGGAGAUGGUCUGUUGGGGGUACUGGAGGACUGGAGUUGGGCUGUUGGGGUACUGGAGUACUGGAGUUGUGCUGUUUGGGGUACUGGAGGACUGGAGAUGAGCUGUUGGGGUACUGGAGGACUGGAGUUGGGCUGUUGAGGACUGGAGGACUGGAGAUGGGCUGUUGGGGACUGGAGGACUGGAGAUGGGCUGUUGGGGACUGGAGGUGGGCUGUUGGGGACUGGAGGACUGGAGGUGGGCUGUUGGGGACUGGAGGACUGGAGAUGGGCUGUUGGGGACUGGAGGACUGGAGAUGGGCUGUUGGGGACUGGAGGACUGGAGAUGGGCUGUUGGGGACUGGAGAUGGGCUGUUGAGGACUGGAGAUGGGCUGUUGAGGACUGGAGGACUGGAGAUGGGCUGUUGGGGACUGGAGGACUGGAGAUGGGCUGUUGAGGACUGGAGGACUGGAGAUGGGCUGUUGGGGACUGGAGAUGGGCUGUUGAGGACUGGAGGACUGGAGAUGGGCUGUUGGGGACUGGAGAUGGGCUGUUGGGGACUGGAGAUGGGCUGUUGAGGACUGGAGGACUGGAGAUGGGCUGUUGGGGGUACUGGAGGACUGGAGAUGGGCUGUUGGGGUACUGGAGAACUGGAGUUGGGCUGUUGAGGACUGGAGGACUGGAGAUGGGCUGUUGGGGUACUGGAGGACUGGAGUUGGGCUGUUGAGGACUGGAGGACUGGAGAUGGUCUGUUGGGGGUACUGGAGGACUGGAGUUGGGCUGUUGGGGUACUGGAGUACUGGAGUUGUGCUGUUUGGGGUACUGGAGGACUGGAGAUGAGCUGUUGGGGUACUGGAGGACUGGAGUUGGGCUGUUGAGGACUGGAGGACUGGAGAUGGGCUGUUGGGGACUGGAGGACUGGAGAUGGGCUGUUGGGGACUGGAGGUGGGCUGUUGGGGACUGGAGGACUGGAGGUGGGCUGUUGGGGACUGGAGGACUGGAGAUGGGCUGUUGGGGACUGGAGGACUGGAGAUGGGCUGUUGGGGACUGGAGGACUGGAGAUGGGCUGUUGGGGACUGGAGGACUGGAGAUGGGCUGUUGAGGACUGGAGAUGGGCUGUUGAGGACUGGAGGACUGGAGAUGGGCUGUUGGGGACUGGAGGACUGGAGAUGGGCUGUUGAGGACUGGAGGACUGGAGAUGGGCUGUUGGGGACUGGAGAUGGGCUGUUGAGGACUGGAGGACUGGAGAUGGGCUGUUGGGGACUGGAGAUGGGCUGUUGGGGACUGGAGAUGGGCUGUUGAGGACUGGAGGACUGGAGAUGGGCUGUUGAGGACUGGAGGACUGGAGAUGGGCUGUUGAGGACUGGAGGACUGGAGAUGGGCUGUUGAGGACUGAAGGACUGGAGAUGGGCUGUUGGGGACUGGAGGACUGGAGCUGGGAAACCCUGCCCUGUGUAGUGCACUACGUUUGGCCAGAGCUCUAUGGGCCCUAACUCUAUGGGCCCUAACUCUAUGGGCCCUAAAACUAUGGGCCCUAACUCUAUGGGCCCUAACUCUAUGGGCCCUAACACUAUGGGCCCUAACACUAUGGGCCCUAACACUAUGGGCCCUAACUCUAUGGGCCCUAACUCUAUGGGCCCUAACUCUAUGGGCCCUAACACUAUGGGCCCUAACUCUAUGGGCCCUAACUCUAUGGGCCCUAACUCUAUGGGCCCUAACUCUAUGGGCCCUGGUUAAAAGCAGUGCACUACACAGGAAAUAGAUUGUCGUUUCGGACGCAUUUUAUGCUUCCAAAAUGGCUGAGAAAUGGAAUUGUCAGAAUGAACUACCUUUCACAUUACAAGAGAAAUAACAUUUACAUCAAGGGCAAACAUAUCCUAACUGACUUUGAUGUAAAUCAUGCAAUGAUGUCAACAGGAAAUGUAGCCUAGAUUUGCAUGAGAAUGCUACCAUAUUUAGCUAUUUUUCCUGCGAACUGUCAAACAGUGUUUGAUCAUGUGAUGCAUCACUGUCACAGUGUUGGAUCAUGUGAUCAUGGUGAACUAUGCUGCUUGGUUUUGAUCAGGUUUUCUCAUUUUUUCUCCUGCCUGAAGUUUGGGUUCGGGGGCAUCCCAAAUGGUACCUUCUAUUCCCUGUAUAGUGCAUUACUUUUGUUGGCCGCUGGUCAAAUGUAGUGCACUAUACAGGGAAUAGGGUGCCAUUUGGGACGGACUUAGAGUUAGGAACUGAUCCAGGAUCUGAUUCUAUCUGUCUCUUGUUUCAGGGGUCGUCGAUAAAACCAAAACAAGAGAAUUCCAGGUAGAGUAUCUCAUCUUUAAUUAAACACCACAACACAUUAUUACAUGCCUUAUUAUUGUACUGAACAACAAUGCAGGUUGGAGUAAUGCUGUGGAAAUGAUGUCCUGUAUCUGAUGUGUUGCCGCAGCCUGCUGCGGUGCAUCUACAGGGACAGGAGACCACCAUACAGGUCAGGGAGGGUGAGUGUCCAGCGGUAUUAUCUACAUUCAAUACUCUAGGACUAUAGGGGUGAAUAUACUCCUGUUCAGAGGUACUCUGGUUGUUUGACUGCCUUUUCCCACAUGAUUGAUUGAUUGACUGAUUGAUUGAUUGACUGACUGAUUGACUGACUGACUGAUUGAUAUAUUGACUGACUGACUGACUGACUGAUUGAUUGACUGACUGAUUUAUUGACUAAUUGAUUGACUAAUUGAUUGACUGAUUGACUGACUGAUUAAUUGAUUGACUGAUUGACUGAUUGAUUGACUAUUUGAUUGAUUGAUUGAUUGAUUGAUGUCUUUGUGUAGACCUGUCUGAAGGUGUUCUGAGGAACUGGAAGAUGGUGUCGAUCCACCACCGUGUCUUCAAGAUGCACUCUCGCUCCGGGGAACUGGAGGUCCUACUAGACGGCAUCUACUUCAUAUAUAGUCAGGUAGAAGUGAGUAGUGACUACUACAAUAAUACUAUAUACUACUAAUACUACAGUCUGUCUACUUCAUAUAUAGUCAGGUAGAAGUGAGUAGUGACUACUACAAUAAUACUAUAUACUACUAAUACUACAGUCUGUCUACUUCAUAUAUAGUCAGGUAGAAGUGAGUAGUGAGUACUACAAUAAUACUAUAUACUACUAAUACUACAGUCUGUCUACUUCAUAUAUAGUCAGGUAGAAGUGAGUAGUGACUACUACAAUAAUACUAUAUACUACUAAUACUACAGUCUGUCUACUUCAUAUAUAGUCAGGUAGAAGUGAGUAGUGACUACUACAAUAAUACUAUAUACUACUAAUACUACAGUCUGUCUACUUCAUAUAUAGUCAGGUAGAAGUGAGUAGUGACUACUACAAUAAUACUAUAUACUACUAAUACUACAGUCUGUCUACUUCAUAUAUAGUCAGGUAGAAGUGAGUAGUGACUCUACUACAGUAAUACUACAACUCUACUACAGUAAUACUGCAACUCUAUUACAGUAAUACUACAACUCUACUACAGUAAUACUACAACUCUACUAUAGUAAAUAAAAUAAAAUGGUAUUUGUCACAACUGGUAAACAACGGUUAGACAACAGAAAAAUUUCUUCCCUUUAAAGGCCUUUUUCCCAAAAAUGCAGAGGUUAAAAAAAGAUUAAAAACAAAAAAAUAGAUAGAAUGACCUAAAUAAAUACACAGUGAAUAAAAGGAACCAGUCAAAUAACAUGGCUAUAUUUCAGGGUACCCGGGAAAACUGGCUAUAACAGAGGACCCGGUAAAAACAUGGUAUAUACAGAGAGUACCAGGUAAAACAUGGUUAUUAAGGGAGUACCAGGUAAAAAUGGCAUAUACGGAAGUAAGGUAAAACCAUGGCUAAUACAGGGAAGUACCAGGUAAUACCAUGGCAUAUACAGGAAAUACCAGGUCAUAAAGGCUAAUACAGGAAAAAUACCAGGUCAUAACAUGGCUAAUAAGGAAGACCAGGUAUAACAUGGCUUUACAGGAAGACCCGGUAAUAACAUGGUAAUACGGAAGUACCGGUAAUACCAUGGCUAUAUACAGGGAAGUACCAGGUAAACCAGGCAUAUACAGGAGUACCGGGAUACAUGGCUAAAAGGAAGUACCCGGUCUAAAAGGUAUAUAAGGAAGACCCGGUCCAAACAGGCUAUACAGGAAAAAUACCAGGUAAUAAAUGGUAUAUACAGGAAGUACCCGGUAACCAUGGCUAUAAGGAAAAAUACCGGUCUAACAUGGGGAUAUAAGGAAAAUACCGGUAAAACCUGGCUAAUAAAGGAAGUUUCCAGGUAUAACAUGGCUAUUAAAAGGAAAUACCCGGUAAAUCCGGCUAUAAAGGAAAUACCAGGUCAUAAAAAGGUUAUACAGGAAGUACCCGGGGGAAUACCAUGGCUAAUCAGGAAGUACCAGGUCAUAAAUGGCUAUAUACAGGAAGUACCCGGUCAUAACAGGGUAUAUACGGGAGUACCAGGUAAAAAAAUGGCUAAACAGGAAUACCAGGUCAUAAAUGGCAUAACGGAAGUACAGGUUAAAAUGGCUUAUACAGGAAGUACCAGGUCAAAUGGCUAAAAGGAAGUACCAGGUAAACCAUGGCUAUAUACAGGAAGUCCAGGUAAAAAGGCUAUAUCAGGAAGGGACCAGGGGAAACAGGUAUAACAGGAAAAUACCGGUAUAAAGGCAUAUAAGAAGUAAGGUAUACCAUGGCUUAUAAGGAAAAGUACCAGGUCAUAAAGGGGUAUAUACAGGAAUACCAGGGGAAACCGGCUAAUUUAAGGGAAAAAAUACCGGUAUAACGGCUAAUACAGGAAGUACCAGGUAAUACCCGGCUAAUUUCAGGGAAAUACCAGGGCAUAAAUGGCUAUAUAAGGAAAAAACCAGGUCAAACAGGGGUAUUUUAAAAGGGAGGGACCAGGUAAUAAAUGGCUAUAUACAGGAAAACAGGUCAAAAGGCAUUACAGGAAGUACCGGUAAUACCAUGGCAUAUACAGGGAAAGUACCAGUAAACCAUGGUUUAAAAAGGGAAGUACCAUGGAAGUACCAGGUAAUGUAUCUACAGGGAGUACCAGGUAAUAACAUGGCUAUAUACAGGAAGUACCAGUACCUAGUCGAUAUGAAUUUGUACGAGGUAAUUGAGGUAGAUAAACAGUUCCAGUCAAAAGUUUAGACACACCUACUCAUUAUUCAAGGGUUUUUCUUUAUUUUUACUAUUAUCUAUAUUGUAGAAUAAUAGUGAAGACAUCAAAACUAUGAAAUAACACAUAUGGAAUCAUGUAGUAACCAAAAAAGUGUUAAACAAAUCAAAAUAUAUUUCAGAUUCUUCAAAGUAGCCCCCCUUUUGCCUUGAUGGCAGCUUUGCACACUCUUGGCAUUCUCUCAACCAGCUUCAUGAUGAAUGCUUUUCCAACAGUCUUGAAGGAGUUCCCACAUAUGCUGAGCACUUGUUGGCUGCUUUUCACUCUGCGGUCCAACUCAUCUCAAACCAUCUCAAUUGGGUUGAGGUCGGGUGAUUGUGGAGGCCAGGUCAUCUGAUGCAGCACUCCAUCACUCUCCUUGGUCAAAUAGCCCUUACACAGCCUGGAGGUGUGUUUUGGGUCAUUGUCCUGUUGAAAAACAAAUGAUAGUCCCACUAAGCCCAAACCAGAUGGGAUGGCGUAUUGCUGCAGAAUGCUGUGGUAGCCAUGCUGGUUAAGUGUGCCUUGAAUUCUAAAUAAAUCACAGACAGUGUCACCAGCAAAGCACCAUAACACCUCCUCCUCCAUGCUUUACAGUGGGAACCACACAUGGAGAGAUCAUCCGGUCACCUACUCUGCGUCUCACAAAGAACCAAAAAUCUCACAUUUGGACUCAUCAGACCAAAGGACAGAUUUCCACCGGUCUAAUGUCAAUUGCUCGUGUUUCUUGUCUCAAGCAAGUCUCUUCUUCUUAUUGGUGUCCUUUAGUAGUGGUUUCUUUGCAGCAAUUCGACCAUGAAGGCCUGAUUCACGCAGUCUCCUCUGAACAGUUGAUGUUGAGAUGUGUCUGUUACUUGAACUCUGUGAAGCAUUUAUUUGGGCUGCAAUCUGAGGUGCAGUUAACUCUAAUUAACUUAUCCUCUGCAGCAGAGGUAACUCUGGGUCUUCCAUUCCUGUGGCGGUCCUCAUGAGAGCCAGUUUCAUCAUAGCGCUUGAUGGUUUUUGCGACUGCACUUGAAGAAACGUUCAAAGUUCUUGACGUUUUCCGUAUUGACUGACCUUCAUGUCUUAAAGUAAUGAUGGACUGUCGUUUCUCUUUGAUUAUUUGAUCUGUUCUUGCCAUAAUAUGGACUUGGUCUUUUACCAAAUAGGGCUAUCUUCUAUAUACCCCCCCUACCUUGUCACAACACAACUGAUUGGCUCAAACGCAUUAAGAAGGAAAUAAAUUCCACAAAUUAACUUUUAACAAGGCACACCUGUUAAUUGAAAUGCAUUCCAGGUGACUACCUCAUGAAGCUGGUUGAGAUAAUGCCAAGAGUGUGCAAAGCUGUCAUCAAGGCAAAGGGUGGCUACUUUGAAGAAUCUCAAAUAUAUUUUGAUUUGUUUAACACUUUUUUGGUUACUACAUGAUUCCAUAUGUGUUAUUUCAUAGUUUUGAUGUCUUCACUAUUAUUCUACAAUAUAGAUAAUAGUAAAAAUAAAGAAAAACCCUUGAAUAAUGAGUAGGUGUGUCCAACCUAUUGAGUGGUAGUGUGUGAGACAGGGAAGCUGAGGGUUGUAUCUAGGUGCUAACCCUACUGUAUAGAGUGACAGACCAUUCAGAGCUGUCCCCUUUCUAAUGUUCUCUGCCUUUGUUUGAUACUGAAUGUUAUCAGAUCUUCAACCAAAACCUAAUAUUAGAUAAAGGGAACCUGAGGGAACAAAUAACACAACAAUUACAUAUUUAUUUCAUUAAAAAAAGUAAUGCAAUACCCAAUGCCCCUGUGUAAAAAAAGUAAUUGCCCCCUUACACUCAAUAACUGGUUGUGCCACCUUUAGCUGCAAUGACUCCCAACCAAAUGCUUCCUGUAGUUGUUGAUCAGUCUCUCACGUCGCUGUGGAGGAAUUUUGGCCCACUCUUCCAUGCAGAACUGCUUUAACUCAGCGACAUUUGUGGGUUUUGAAGCAUGAACUGCUCGUUUCAAGUCCUGCUACAACACCUCAAUUGGGAUUAGUUCUGGACUUUGACUAGGCCAUUCCAAAACGUAUUUUUUUUUGCUUCUUAGCCAUUUUCAUGUAGACUUGAUUGUGUUUUGGAUCAUUGUCUUGCUGCAUGACCCAGCUGCGCUUCAGCUUCAGCUCGCAGACGGAUGGUCUGACAUUCUCCUGUAGAAUUCUCUGAUACAGAGCAGAAUUCAUGGUUCCUUCUAUUAAGGCAAGUCGUCCAGGUCCUGAGGCAGCAAAGCAUCCCCAAACCAUCACACCACCACCACCGUGCUUGACCGUUGGUAUAAGGUUCUUACUGUGGAAUGCAGUGUUUGGUUUUCGCCAGGCAUAAUGGGAUCCAAGUCGUCCAAAAAGUUCUAGUUUUGACUAAUCUGUCCAUAGAACGUUCUUCAAAGAGUCUUGAUGAUCCAGGUGCUUUUUGGCAAACUUUAGUAAACUCUUUGGACUUGUCUCUCUCCUUCUCCCUCUGUUCCCCAGGUGUACUAUCUCAACUUCACGGACAUCGCCAGCUACGAGGUGAUGGUAGACUCCACCCCCUUCCUGCGUUGUACCUGCAGCAUGGAGACGGGUCAGAGGAAGUUCAACACAUGUUACACGGCGGGGGUCAGCCUGCUGAGGACGGGGCAAAGGAUCUCCAUCAGGAUGGUCUAUGAGGACACGCUGAUCAGCAUGACCAAUCAUACUACCUUCCUGGGGAGC